AUGCCCGAUGCUAAUACCUACACUGUCGGCUGGAUAUGUGCAAUACAGCCCGAAUACGUUGCAGCGCUAUCUUUUCUGGAUGAGAAGCACGAACGUCCCGAUUACGUCUCUACGAACGAUGCGAAUGUAUACACCCUGGGAAGCCUAGGGAGGCACAACAUCGUCAUCGGCGUUCUGCCUGAUGGUGAAUAUGGCAUUGCCUCUGCUGUAAGCGUGGCAAAGGGUAUGCUAAGUAGCUUUCCGAACAUCAGAAUUGGGUUGAUGGUCGGCAUUGGCGAUGGGGCUCCGAGCAUAAAGCACGAUAUUCGGUUAGGGGAUGUUGUCGUUAGCGCUCCCCGCGAUGGACGUGGCGGUGUAUUUCAAUAUGAUUUUGGAAAAACGAUCCAGGACCAGGAAUUCCAUGCUACAGGUAUCCUAAACCAGAGUCCCGAGUUGCUACGAGGGGCAAUAGCGGAUAUUCGAGCCGAGUAUGAGCUUCACGGUCAUCAACUCGAACAAGCGAUCAAUGAGGUCUUCGAUAGGUUCCCUCGGCUCCGACAGAAGUACCAGAGACCAGAUGAAGACAGUGACGUACUGUUCCACAGUGAGGUUGUUCAUCGAGGCGAAGGAGCGAGCUGCGCGACAGACUGUGGCAAUAACCUGUCAAACAAGGUCCCAAGACGCAAACGGACUACCGACGAAAAUAAUCCAGCUAUCCACUAUAGCACAAUUGCCUCGGCGAACCAGCUAAUGAAGGAUGCUCAUAUUCGGGAUAAGCUUGCUGCUGAGCAUAACAUACUCUGUUUCGAGAUGGAAGCGGCUGGUUUGAUAAACCGGUUUCCCUGUGUUAUUAUCCGAGGAAUCUGUGAUUACUCUAACUCACAUAAGAACAAAAUCUGGCAAGGAUAUGCUGCUAUGGUCGCCGCUGCUUACGCAAAGGAUCUGCUUAGUCGCAUACCGCCAAACAAACUUGAGGCAGAGAGAAAAAUAUCCGAAGCCUUAGAUUCCAGUGCAUCUUUCGACUCAAGCGACGAGCAUAACACCGUCUGCCUACCAAAUACUCGGGCCUUAGAUCCUAAUACCAGGCCUAUUUUUUGGCUUAACGGCAAAGCGGGGACAGGAAAGUCGACAGUAUCUCGAUCUGUUGCCCAGGACUUCGAUAGGACAGGCCGCCUCGGUGGCAGCUUUUUCUUCAAGAGAGGAGAAGCUGACCGAGGGAGCUUGUCCAGGGUUUUCAUGACCCUUGCCGUCGAUUUGGCUCGAAGGAAGCCCGCCGUGAUAAGGUACAUCAAAACCGCUGUUGAUGGCGACCCAUAUAUUGCUGAGAGGCCGGCUCGAGACCUGUUUGACAAACUGAUCAUACAGCCUUUGCGAUAUACGCUGACUCCAGAAUCAGCCUCCCUAGUUUUUGUUAUUGAUGCACUUGAUGAAUGCGAUAAAGACGAGGACAUCAGGCUUCUGAUCAAUCUCUUUGCUAGUACUAAAGAGGAGUUAUCCUCAAAACUCAGAAUUUUCAUCACAAGCAGGCCUGAGCUGCCAGUUCGGCUGGGGUUUCAGCAAGCAAGAGGUUUAUAUCAAGAUCUUAUAUUGCAUGAGAUACCACCCAGUAUAAUAGAGCACGAUAUCGCCAUUUUCCUCCGUCAUGAGCUUCUGAAAAUUAGGCUGGAUUUUAACGCAGAUACGACUCAGUCAUACCCACUAUCGGAAAAUUGGCCAGGGGAAGAAAAUAUUGAUCAUUUGACAAAGAUGGCCGUUCCUCUUUUUAUCUUUGCCGCUACGCUUUGCCGUUCUCUUGCCGAUCCCAGGAUUAGACACCCAGAUCAGCAAUUGCAGACAGUUCUUAAAUUCCAAGGACGAAGCGAUACAACUCAACUAAGCGUUAACUAUGAGCCGAUUCUAGAUCGACUGGUUGAUGGCUUAGGCAGAAAGCAGCAGAAAGAGACAAUCAAAAGAUUUCAACAUAUUGUUGGUUCUAUUGUGCUCUUAGGAAACCCUCUCCCUAUCUCUACCCUUGGCCGACUCUUAGAGCUCGACAAAAGGGAGAUUCAUACCCACCUUAGACUGCUUCAUUCAGUACUAAGCAUUCCUUCAUCAGAAGAAUCUCCUGUUCGAAUAUUCCACCUCUCAUUCCACGACUUCUUGGUAGACUCUGAGUACCAGGGGCGUCGCUUCUGGAUUGACAAGAAAAAGGCUCAUAGUCGACUAGCAAUGCACUGCCUUAGAAUUAUGAACAAAAGCCUGCAUAUGGAUAUUUGCGAAACCAUGCAGCCAGGAACGAAUCGUACAUCUAUCGAAACUCAGACCAUCAGCAACAAUAUUCUCCCAGAAGUGCAGUAUGCUUGUGUUUACUGGGUGCAUCAUAUACAAAACAGCGGCUCUUUCGAUCAGGAAGCCAUACACAAGUUCUUGCUGGAUCACUUGCUCCACUGGCUUGAGGUUCUCUGCCUUAUUGGCAGGUCUACAGAGGGACUUUCUAUAUUGGAAAUGUUACAGAAAUGCCUAGAGAAUCAAGAAGGGCGAGAGAGUCGACCACUCCUAGAUUUUAUCGAUGAUGCAAUCCGAUUUUUCCAUAUGUACCGAUCUAUGAUCGACGAGAUACCGCUACAAAUCUAUUCUUCCGCAUUACUUUUCAGUCCGAGAAAUAGCCUUAUUCGAAAGCAGUUUCAGAUUCCACGGUGGAUCUCUCGUGGGCCUGUGGUGGCAGAUAAUUAG